AUGCGCUGUUGGAGGGCUCGACACAGCACUGAACUAGAGGCCUCGGACAAGCCCAAGCGACAGCCCAAGGACCGACACACCACCCCGAAGGGCAAGGAAUCGCAGAACCAGCACGACCGCUCGUCCGAUCCGUCGAUGGGAAGAGCGGCCGAUGGUGGCGGUACGAACAGCCGCGGACGUUCGUUGGUGCCGCCCGAGUACCUGUGCCCGCUCACCAACCGCCUCAUGCGUGAGCCGGUCAUCGGACAAGACGGGCACACCUACGAGAAGAAAGCCAUCGAAGAGUGGAUCAAGAAGAAGGGCACGAGUCCAGUCACCCGAGAGAACAUGAGCAUCUAUCUGCUCCUGCCCAACAAGGAACUGCAGAGCAAGAUCACUCACUACACAUCGACGGCCAACCUUCACGUGAUUCGACGAGCCGAGACGUCGUCGUCGACGUCGUCGUCGAAGAACGCGACCAAGACGCUGCGCAAGUCCUCCGGAGGGGCCGACGUCGAGAUGCGGGAAAUGAAGCGAAGCGCAAAGAACGAAAACGGCGACGGGAAGCGGAAGGACGAGAGCAGCGGGUCGGACACGCGCGAGCGACUCAACACCAGCGGCGGGGCCGGUGGCGGCAACAGCGACCCGGACGAGACCCGCAAGAAGGCCAAGCGCGAAGGCGGCAUGAAGUCGUCUGCCGUCGCGCCCGCCACGCUGGCCAACAGCUACAUGCUCACGACGACGAUGGCGAUGGACGCGGUCGAGCACAGCUACAUCGGCACCGGCACCGGCGGCCGAGACUGUGAUCGUGAUGACGCGCUCCACGGCUCGCAGUGCUCGUCUGUCGGCAGCCAACGCGGCGGCUGCAAGCCCAAGUCCCUCAAGGACGAGAUGAACCGAUUCGUGAAGGACCACCACCAUCACCAUCACCACCACGGCGCCAAGCACUCGCGAAGGGAAAGCGACGCCGCACACAACAGCAGCAACAGCAGAAUGGACGAGCCGAGGAGUUCGGAAUCGUUCUACGGCGCGUUCAACGCGUCAAACUCGCGCGAGUCCAAACUGUGGAAGGAGGCGCGAAAGCACUACAGGAAGGGACCGCAGCGCAAUGAGAACCUUGCGCUGCUCUUUCUCGAGGAGGCCGCCGAUCUCGGUUCAAUCGAUGCGAUGUACAAGCUGGGCUCGUUCUACUUCAAGGGGCGCGGAGGCCAGAAGACGCCGCAGCAGGCGUUCCGUCGCUGGAAGGAAGCCUCCGCCCUGGGCCACCUCAAGGCGACGGCCAAGCUGGGCUUUUGCUAUCUCAACGGGGUUGGGGUCAGCAAGGACAACGGAGAGGCGAUUCGCCUCUACAUGGUGGCCGCCAGCGAAGAUUGCCCAGCGGCGAUGAAUGACCUUGCGUGGUGCUAUCAGAACGGCCAGGGGAUCGCCAAGGAUAUGGCCGCCGCUGUCGCGCUGCUCACCCGAUCAGCCAAGCAGGGCAACAAACACGCCCUCAACUCGCUCGCGUGGGCCUACCAAAACGGCGAGGGCUGCGAGAAGGACAUCGGGAAGGCCAUCGAGCUGUACACCAAGGCGUCGGACAAGGGACUCCCGGUCGCGCGGUGGAACCUCGCCUGGUGCUACCACAACGUCGUCAAGGACCUGCCCAAGGCCGUGGAGACCUACACCAAGGCGGCGGACGAGGGCCACCCGGGCGCCAUGUGGAUUCUCGGCCGGUUCCUCGAGACGGGGGACAUCAUGGGCCGUGACCUCAAGCGAGCUGUGGAGUACUACACGAAGGCGAGCAAUGCGAGCCAUGCGCCGGCCACUGCCAGCCUGGCCUCGUGCUACUUCUACGGCAAGGGGGUCGAGAAGGACUUGAACAAGGCGAUCCCGCUCUUCGUCCAAGCCGCCGAGCAGGGCAACAAGCAGGCCGAGUUUCGUCUGGGCCAGUGCUACGAGGAGGGCGACGGCGUCGACGUGGAUCACGCGCUGGCGGCCCAGUACUACGCGCGGGCUGCCGCCAAGCAGCUCCCCGAAGCCAUGGUGAGCCUCGGCCUCUGCUACAAGCUGGGCAAGGGUGUCGAGCUCGACGCCGCCAAGGCGUUGGGCUGGUUCAAGAAGGCGAUGCAGUUGAACGACGCCGGCGGAAUGCUGCGUCUGGCGGAAUGCUAUGAAGAGGGAGAGGGUGUGGGGGCGAGCGAGACCAAGGCCUUCGAGUUAUACGAGAAGGCUGCGAUGCGGGGGAGCCCGGUGGCCAUGUACCGACUGGGCCAAUGCUACGAACACGGAAAGGGCGCGGGGAAGGACGAGAAGAGGGCGGCAGCGGUUUACCUGCAGGCGAGCAAGGCCGGCUGUGCCGAGGCCCAGAACUACCUGGGCCUCUGCUAUCAGUUCGGCAAGCUCGUGCAGCGCAAUCCUGACAAAUCUUUCCAGCUGUUCCAGCAAGCAACCGAGAGUGGAUUCGUCGAUGCGCUCUACAACCUGGGUCGGUGCUAUCACCACGGAGAGGGAGUGGCAAAGAACAUGGCGGAGGCGGUGGAGUUGUACACCAAGGCAGCUGCGCUGGGACAGAGGUCCGCGCAGUGGAAGCUGGGGAUGUGCUACGAGUGCGGCGAGGCGGUGGAGAAGGACAUCCAGAAGGCCGUCCACCUCUACAUCCAGGCCGCCAAGCAGGGCCACUCGCGUGCGCAGCGACACCUGAGCCACUGCUACCGGACGGGCAAGGGCGUGCCUGUGGACCUUGCCAAGGCCAAGAAGUGGCGGCAGCGCGCAAUCGAAAACGGGGAACGCCCCUAA